CGUUUCGAAGACAAAGUCAUCAGCUACAGCUCUUUAUUAUUUCUCCCUGUUUCUCUUCCACUUUUUCAUUCCAUUCACCACUCUCACACUCACCAAACCCUAUUAAUUUCAUAGUGAAACCCCCUACAAUCAGCCCCUAAAUCGGAGUAAAAACGAUGGCGUUUAAGCAACUCCUAACCCUAGCUCGUCGCUCUCACCGACCGACUUCCUCUACUGUACUCACCACAGUCCGAUCCUCCUCCUCCGCUGCCCCUCUCGCCCACUCUCCCUCCUCCGCCCCUCCCUCCCCGCCGCCACCGUCCGCCAUGAUCUACGACCGUCUCGCCGAGGCAGUUAAAGAAAAACUCAAACAGCUGGAGAACCCAGAUCCGCGUUUCCUCAAAUACGGAUCCCCGCACCCGACUUUGACCUCUCACACGCACAUCCUGUCAGCUCCUGAGACAAAGAUCACUACUUUGCCCAACGGACUUCGGGUUGCGACCGAGUCCAACCUCGCUGUUAAGACGGCGACUGUUGGGGUUUGGAUUGAUGCUGGGUCGAGGUUUGAGACGGAGGAGACUAACGGCACGGCACAUUUUUUGGAGCAUAUGAUAUUUAAGGGGACGGAGAGGAGGACCGCUAGGGAUUUGGAGGAGGAGAUCGAGAACAUGGGGGGGCAUUUGAAUGCAUAUACGAGUAGGGAACAGACGACAUAUUAUGCCAAGGUUUUGGAUAAGGAUGUGAACAAGGCGUUGGAUAUUUUGGCUGAUAUUUUGCAGAAUUCUAAGUUUGAGAAGAAUCGAAUUGCUCGCGAGAGUGAUGUGAUUUUAAGAGAGAUGGAGGAGGUUGAGGGGCAAACCGAGGAAGUUAUUUUUGACCAUUUGCAUGCAACUGCAUUCCAGUACACUCCUUUAGGUAGAACUAUUCUUGGACCUGCUCAGAACAUCAAGACAAUUACCAAAGAGGAUCUUCAGAACUAUAUUCAAACACACUACACUGCUCCCAGAAUGGUGAUUGCUGCCUCUGGAGCUGUUAAGCAUGAGGAUGUUGUGGAGCAAGUGAAGAAAUUGUUCCCGAAUUUAUCAUCUGACCCAACUACUGCUUCUCAACUAGUAGCAAAAGAACCAGCAAUUUUUACAGGUUCUGAGAUUAGAAUAUUUGACGAAGAUAUUCCUCUGGCACAAUUCGCUGUUGCAUUUGCUGGAGCUUCUUGGACAGAUCCAGAUUCCAUUGCCUUGAUGGUAAUGCAGGCUAUGUUGGGUUCAUGGAAUAAAAGUUCGGUAGGUGGAAAGCACAUGGGCUCUGAGCUGGCACAGAGAGUUGGCAUUAAUGAAAUUGCGGAAAGCAUGAUGGCCUUUAACACCAACUAUAAAGACACUGGUCUAUUCGGUGUUUAUGCAGUUGCUAAGCCGGACUGUUUGGAUGAUUUAGCCUAUGCAAUUAUGUAUGAGACAACCAAGUUGGCAUACCGAGUUUCAGAAGCUGAUGUCACUCGGGCACGCAAUCAGUUGAAGUCAUCCUUAUUGCUUCACAUUGAUGGAACAAGUCCUGUAGCUGAAGAUAUUGGGCGCCAGCUACUUACAUAUGGCCGUAGAAUCCCAUUUGCUGAAUUGUUUGCUAGAAUCGAUGCUGUUGAUGCGAGCACAAUCAAACGGGUUGCAAACAGAUUUAUUUAUGAUAGGGAUAUUGCGAUUGCCGCAAUGGGACCUAUCAACCGUUUGCCUGACUACAACUGGUUCAGACGCAGAACCUACUGGAACCGUUACUAGCUGCAUCUACCCAUUUUUCCCCAGCAGCCAUUGAUGCUUCUGGUGCAUUUAUUCUUCAACAACCAGCUUCCAAGUUAGGUUCCAUUUACUAUAUGGGCACCUAGUCGAUUGGAAUUGAGAAAAUUAAUUAUUAGGGGUUGGCUUUACACAGCUAACAAUAAUAGUUUUUGUUAAUUGAAUUCAAUUUAAUUUGUUCGAGUCCAAAUUGGAGUUUAGAUCAUACAAUUCAAAUUUACGUCAAUUUGAUUUGUUUUCAUAAAAUGAGUUAAAUUUGAGUUAGUUUGAAUUAAAUCUAAAAUAAUAUUGUAUUUGAAUUGAUUAAAGUCAUAGCUUGUCUGUGCUAAGUUGUUUUGAGUUUUUUUUUUUUUAAUUUAAGUUCUCUUUUAGUUGGGCUUUGUUCCUAUUCUUCUAUGUCUAAUAAGUGAAAUAACAAUGUUUUUGCAAAUUAACUAGGGGUGGAUGACUUAGCUGGAAUGAGAUGAUCUUAAGUUGCAGAUCUAGUUUAUUUUGAGAUCAAUUUAUUUGUUUAUUUGGUGACAUUGUUUAUAUUGUUAAUGAUAUUAUUUAUUUAGUCGGCA